AUGGGUGUUCAACUACCCGAGCUGCAGUUCACUCCGCUCGAGGCCAUCCCCGCGCGCAUCGCCACCGCCAAAAAGGCAUUCCUCGAGAACCGGACUCGUGAUGUCGAGUUCCGUCUUGUCCAGCUGCGCAAGCUCUACUGGGCCAUCAAGGACCACGAGGAGGAGAUCGUCGAGGCGUGCGCCCAAGACCUGAACAAACCUCGAUUCGAAGCCGAGGUGGCCGAGAGCGGUUGGAUGCUCAACGAUAUUGUCUUUACGACUCGCAACUUACACAAAUGGGUCAAGGAUGAGAAGGCGCCCGACAUCGAGCUGUCCUUCAAGCUCAUGAGUCCCAAGAUCCGCAAGGAUCCCUUGGGUUGCGUAUUGGUGAUUGGUGCCUUCAACUUCCCCUUCCAACUGACCAUGGGCCCCGUCAUCGGUGCCAUCGCAGCUGGUAACACGGUGAUCAUUAAGCCCUCCGAGAAUGCGCCCCGCAGUGCCGCUGUCAUGCAGAAGAUCUGCGAAGCCUCCCUCGACCCUUCAUGCUAUACUGUUGUGCAAGGUGGUGUGCCCGAGACACAGGCUCUCUUGGCCGAGCGGUGGGACAAGAUCUUCUUCACGGGCGGUGCCAACGUGGGUCGCAUCAUCGCUAAGGCUGCCGCGCCUCACUUGACCCCCGUGGUCCUGGAACUGGGAGGUAUCAACCCAGCUAUUAUCUCCAAGCAUGCUGACCCGCGCCUGGUUGCGCGCCGCAUGCUUUGGAGCAAGGUUCUGAAUGCCGGUCAAAUCUGCACGUCGCAGAACUAUCUCCUCAUCGAGGCGGAACUUGUGUUUCAGGUCGUGGAGGAAUUCAAGAAGGCCUACGCAGAGUUCUACCCCAAUGGCGCCAAGGGCUCGCCUGACUAUUCCAAGAUUGUGAACGAGGCUCACUUCCAGCGUCUCAAGUCCAUGCUUGACAAUACCAAGGGCAAAAUUCUGCUAGGCGGAACCAUGGAUGAGAAGACGCUCUUCAUUGAACCCACUGUCGUCCUAGUCGACUCCGUGGAGGACUCAUUGUGCACACAGGAGAGCUUCGGUCCUUUCAUUCCUAUCUUACCAGUCAAGAGUCUCGACGAGGCAAUCAGACUUGCCAACGGCGUUCAGAGCACCCCUCUCGGUCUAUACCCCUUUGGUAAUAAAGCCGAAGUUGAGAAGAUCAUCUCCUCCACGCGCUCGGGUGGUGUUUCUUGCAACGACGCCGCUCUGCACAUUCCUACCCUGCAGUUCGGUGGGGUGGGUGAGAGUGGUAAUGGUGCCUACCGUGGCCGUGCCAGCUUCGACGUGUGGGUGCACCGCCGCCCGAUCACUAGCACCCCAAGCUGGCUCGAGUCCAUUUUGGCCAUUCGCUACCCUCCAUACGCUGGUAAAUUGAGCAAAUUCAAGGCCGCCAGUGCCCUAGCUCCCGACUUUGACCGCAGCGGCAAGAAAGUCACUCUUGGCUGGUUGCGUUAUAUUUUGACUUUGGGUGGUGGAAGCGCAAAGGCUGGAGCCAGCCGUGCCGCCGUUGUUGCUGCCAGUGAGUAA